AGCACCGCCUCGGGCGUCACAGGGCGGCUAGCAUCUGCAACGUCUGGCAGGUCCUGCCGACGUUGCCUGUCCAUCAUAAUCAAAGAUGCCUCGCGCUUACAUUUUACGCAGAGGGGGUGGCCGCAAGAAGGACAAAAGGCCUGCGGCACAAUGUUGUCACCACAAACAUGGCAUAUCCUGCGCGGCUUUGGAAGGUUGGGCACACCGGCCCCCGCAAGAGACAGUCCGUCUUCGUCGUCCGACAACUAGCCGGGCGGCCGCGGGAUGCCAUAUUGCUCAAAUAGCUGCCUUGCUGCCUGUCGUCGUCCUGCCGGGGUCGUGGCCAAAGAGUCCUGUCCAGUCCCAAACGACAUCAUCGAUGGCACAGAUAUCUCUCGGGUGCGGCUCUUGGACCUGCUGCCCUGGCCCUGCUGCACUGGCCGGUUCAGGUCCGGUAGAGAGGCGUACAUGUCGGGUGACGUCGGCUCCGAGUCCUCCUCGGACGCAACGGCGUGGCGAAUUGUUCUGAGAAUGCUGUAGUCCACGGCACUAGAUAUUAAUC